CUGAAGCAGAAGAGAUAAGACAGUCAAAAAAGUGAAGUUCUGUUUUCUAAUAUAUUCGCAUCUCGUGUAGAUACUUUGUUAACUUCGUAGUUUUGAAAAAUGUCGUACGCAUUCCUUUUCAAGUACAUCAUUAUUGGAGAUACAGGGGUUGGCAAAUCUUGUCUACUCCUUCAGUUCACGGACAAAAGAUUCCAACCUGUUCAUGACUUAACAAUAGGUGUUGAGUUUGGUGCUCGUAUGAUUAUAAUUGAUGGAAAGCCAAUCAAACUCCAAAUUUGGGACACAGCAGGGCAAGAAGCAUUUCGUUCCAUUACACGAUCAUAUUAUCGAGGAGCAGCAGGAGCUUUAUUAGUAUAUGAUAUCACACGUAGAGAAACAUUCAAUCAUUUAACAACUUGGUUAGAAGAUGCAAGACAACAUUCAAAUUCCAAUAUGGUGAUCAUGUUAAUUGGUAAUAAAAGUGAUUUAGAUAAUAGAAGGGAAGUAAGAAGAGAAGAAGGUGAAGCUUUUGCAAAGGAACAUGGACUUGUUUUUAUGGAAACCAGUGCAAAGACAGCAAUCAAUGUAGAGGAAGCAUUUAUCAAUACAGCAAAAGUAAUUUAUGAAAAAAUUCAGGAAGGUGUAUUUGAUAUAAACAAUGAGGCAAAUGGUAUUAAGAUUGGACCACAACAUUCACCAACAAGUCCUAGUGGAUUAUCAGGUACUGGUGGUCAAGGAAACGCGCAAGGUGGUGGGUGCUGCUAGGGGCUGGGGGUUGCCUGUCCACCGCUUCAUCCCUCUCCAAUUUAAAUUGAUCUUUUUAAUCCUGCUCCUCAUUUUAUUUUCAACCAAUUAAUUUGUAUAUUUUUUUGCGCGUGUCGCAUUAUCAGGUAACAAGUGAUUAUGAGUGUAAUUAUUAUUUAAAAAAAAAACG